AAUGUCAUUUAUAAAUUCGCUGGUCAAGGUACAGGCAUAUCUAGCUCUCGUCGGACUGAUAUGUAUUCAUCCGCUGCUAAUGUUUGUUGCGUUGCUAACCAAAAUCUUCGCCAAGUGUGCUUGUCGUGCGCCGCAGAAUAUUGAGGGCGAAGUGGCUUUGGUCACUGGUGCUGGCCAUGGCCUUGGUCGUGCCAUAGCUCUUGAAUUGGCUAAAAAGGGAUGUCAUAUAGCGGCUGUGGACAUCAAUUUAUCGGGAGCGGAGAGCACGGUUAAAUUAAUUAGUGAUACGUGUGCGGUACGCGCCAAGGCGUAUAAGGUAAAUGUCGCCAAUUACUUGGAGCUGGAAACUGCCAACGAGCAGAUCAGCGCCGACCUGGGAUUUGUUACAAUUCUAAUCAACAAUGCUGGUAUUUUAAUGCUGCGCAAUCCUAUUAAUCCGGAGCCAGCCGAUAUUCAGCGCAUGAUGGACGUGAAUGUGCUAUCGCAUUUCUGGACCAAAGGCGUCUUUUUGCCCAAAAUGAAAGAGUUGCGUCGGGGCCAUAUUGUGACCAUAAGCUCGGCGGCAAGCCUUUUUCCAUUGGCAUAUAAUACCGCCUAUGUAGCCAGUAAAUUCGCCGCUUCCGGCCAUAUGAAGGCGCUGCGCCAAGAGCUUCUUAUCGAACGCCAGCCGGACAUACAUGUCUGCACUGUCAUGCCGUCCUUCCUGCGCACGAACGAUGAGGUUACGGACGUUGCCAACGAGGUCCGCUUUAAUCGCAUCUAUCCACUGAUUAGUGGGGAGGCGGCAGCACGUCGCAUUGUAAAGGGAAUGCUAAGAUAUGAGCGAGAGAUUGUAUUGCCUGAUAUGCUAGCUCUAAUUUAUCGCGCUAUAGUUGUUAUGCCGGCUUAUUGGCAGGACCAUCUCGGACCUUGGAUUUUCGGGGAUAGGUUUCGCGAGUUUCAUAAGCUUAAGGCCUAAGCAAAGCUGCCUCUAUCCCGUUUCUAUGCUCAUUAUAUAAUAUAGCUUCAAAACCCCCUUUUAAUCGCAAUUAUUAUUGGUACAGCAAAAAGUUAAAUCAACCAUGAAACUAUGUGGGCCACAAUCAUUUAUUCCUUUUAAUUGAUGACCCACUAAAUGCUACAACAUUAAACAUACAUUUUUCGUUUUUAUGGUAAAUAAAUAAAACGCAUUAAGGAGAA